CUGACUGUGUAUGACCCGUCAUAAAAAAUGCAAUCCGAAGAAUCGCCCUCUCUAGACACGUCCUUUUCCCGCUGGAUAUUCUGCCAGAAUGGCCUCUACCACUUGCAAUUGACCCCUGCAUCCUCUAAUGGUAUUAGGCCAAACGCUCGCAAACAGGGGUUUCGCGAAUCAGUAUUUCACGUCAUUGGAUAAAGCCUUCAGCUGGCAUGCGGCGCUUGGGUUAUCUGACCUGGACGGGUGUCCGCACUUUAACCUCUGCAGCCACUCGAAAAAUGGGCGAAGCAAAGAUCAUCGACGGUACGGCUAUCGCUAAGUAUGAUAGCACGCUAUUAUAAUAUUUUCUGAACGUAUCAAGAGCCUGCAGUCCCAGCAUCCUCGCUUUCAACCCCAGCUGGCUAUCGUCCAGGCAGGGGAGCGGCCUGACUCGAAUGUCUAUGUUCGCAUGAAGGCAAGGGCUGCAGAGGAAGUUGGAAUCAAGUUCAAACACAUCACCCUCCCUGAGGAAGCUGAAGUAGAUGAGGUCGUUGAAGUCGUGCAGAAGCUAAACGAUGACCCUGACAUCAGUGGUAUACUUGUUCAACUUCCUCUCGGUUCUCACGUCGGUUCGGUUGGUGAGAGCGAAGUCACUGAGGCUGUAAGCCCCGAAAAAGACGUCGACGGUUUCCACGCAUACAACAUUGGCCAUCUCGCUUCUCGCGCAUCUAACCCACUCUUCAUACCUUGCACGCCUGCUGGAGUGCUUAGGCUGCUUGAGAGCACCGGAGUCACCAUCACAGGUGCAAAUGCAGUAGUCCUUGGCAGGAGUGAUAUCGUCGGAAGCCCUGUUGCAGCUCUUCUCAGGAGUCGCGAUGCCACUGUAACACAGUGCCAUAGUCACACCAAGAAUCUUCCGGAGAUUGUCAAGAAUGCGGAUAUUGUUGUUUCGGCUAUUGGCAAGCCACACUACGUUCAAGGUUCUUGGAUCAAGCCAGGUGCCAUCGUGAUCGACGUUGGUACAAACUACAUCCCUGAUGCCACGAAGAAAUCUGGUCAACGUUUAGUCGGCGAUGUCGAUUUUGAGUCUGCUCGUCAAAUCGCCUCUCACAUCACCCCAGUACCCGGAGGAGUUGGACCCAUGACUGUCGCUUUGCUCAUGGUCAACACUCUCAAGGCUGCUGAACGUCAAUGGGAAGAGGAUCGCUCACGUCGGGUUAAACCUCUGAAAUUGGACAUCAAGGAGAAGGUUCCAAGCGACAUCGAUAUUGCCAUGGCGCAGACACCGAAGCCUAUCGCUCAGCUCGCUCACGAGAUUGGUCUCUUGCACGAUGAACUCGAGAACUACGGCAAGUACAAGGCUAAGGUUGAGCUCAGUGUGCUUGAUCGGUUGGCUCACCGUAAGGACGGCAAAUACAUCGUAAUCUCUGGUAUCACGCCCACCCCUCUUGGUGAGGGUAAGUCCACGACCACAGUUGGUUUGGCUCAAGCCCUUGGUGCACACCUCCGACGCCCUGCAUUCGCUUGUGUACGUCAACCCAGUCAAGGACCCACCUUUGGUAUCAAGGGAGGUGCUGCUGGUGGAGGUUAUAGUCAGGUCAUUCCUAUGGACGAGUUCAACUUGCACUUAACUGGCGAUAUCCAUGCUGUUACGGCUGCCAACAAUUUACUCGCUGCGGCAUUGGAUGCACGUAUGUUCCACGAAGCUACUCAGUCCGACAAGGCCUUGUACAACCGUCUCGUUCCAACAAAGAAGGGCAAACGUGAAUUCGCUCCUCUCAUGUUGAAGCGUCUCAAGAAGCUAGGCAUUGACAAGACCGACCCCAAUGAGCUCACUCAAGAGGAGAUCACCCGUUUCGCCCGUCUGGACGUUGACCCCGACACGAUCACCUGGAACCGUGUUAUUGAUGUCAACGAUAGGUUCUUGCGUAAGAUCACUAUCGGACAAAACCCCACUGAGCAAGGCCAAGAGCGUGUGACUGGCUUUGAUAUUGCCGUUGCAAGCGAAUGUAUGGCUGUUCUGGCUUUAACAACUGACUUGGCGGAUAUGAGGCGGAGGUUGGGUUCUAUGGUUGUCGCUACUAGCAAGCAUGGCGAUCCUAUCACUGCGGAUGACAUUGGUGUCGGUGGUGCUCUCGCUGUCUUGAUGAAGGACGCUAUCAAGCCCAAUUUGAUGCAGACUUUGGAGGGCACUCCUGUCUUCGUUCAUGCGGGACCAUUCGCCAAUAUCGCUCACGGAAACUCUUCCAUCCUUGCGGAUCGCGUUGCAUUGAAAUUGGCCGGUACCGAAGAGGGGGACUCUCCCGACCGCGUGGGUUACGUCCUGACUGAGGGCGGUUUCGGUGCGGACAUGGGUAUGGAAAAGUUCUGCGACAUUAAGUGCCGUGUCAGCGGUUUGAAGCCUGAUGCUACUGUCAUCGUCGCGACUACCCGUGCCCUCAAGAUGCAUGGAGGUGGACCUGAGGUGACACCCGGAAAGCCCUUGCACGAUACGUACACCAAGGAGGAUCUUGUCACUCUUGAGGAAGGUUGCAAGAACCUUGUUAAGCACAUUGAGAACUCUCGCAAGUUCGGCUUGAAGGUCAUCGUAGCUAUCAACCGGUUCGCAUCCGACACACCUGCAGAACUAGAGCUUAUCCGUAACAAGGCUCUCGCUGGCGGUGCUGACGCCGCAGUCGUCAGCAACCACUGGGCAGAAGGUGGCGCCGGUGCUCGUGCCCUUGCUGAAGCUGUCGUCACCACCUGCGAAGGAGAAUCCAACUUUAAGUUCCUCUACGAUCUCAAUCUUCCCAUCGAGAAGAAGAUCGAGAUUAUUGCCAAAGAGAUCUAUGGUGCUGAUGGUAUCGAGCUCAGCGAGUUGGCUCAGAAGCAGGUUGAGACUUAUACUCGUCAAGGCUUUAGCAACCUUCCCAUUUGUAUGGCGAAAACUCAGUAUUCGUUCUCUCACGAUCCAAAACUCAAGAACGUCCCAACUGGCUUCACCAUUCCUAUCCGAGCUGUGCGUCUGUCCGCAGGUGCAGGGUUCCUCUACCCUCUCCUCGGUGACAUGCAAACCAUGCCCGGACUUGGCACGCGCCCGGGAUUCUGGGAGGUCGACAUCGACACUGAGACUGGAAGACCCAUCGGCUUGUUCUAGAGACGCAUUCAAGCGUUCCAUCCUAGAUCGCAUCUUCACCAGAUAGUUUGCAACAUUGGUUAGCACCGUCUCAACACGGCACUGAGUACCGUUCAACACGGGAAGUGGAGCUUGCAGUUCAACAGUGCUUCUAGAGGAAUGGAAGGAGACGUCACGCAGUCAUCGAAGAAGUUAAAAUCUAGUAGAUAUCUUGGUUUGUGCAUAUUAAAGGCCAUUGUAAUGGUAAUGUUAAUUGCCUACGAGCCUUCCUCCGGGCAAUCUGGCCUUUGACACUGUGAAUGGUUGCUGGAAUGAGGGGAAGUGUGCUGCUUCUUUGGGAGCCAAGGUACCACCUUGAUGAUCGGAGGUGAUGUCUGUGUUUACAGAGCUGACCUCUCGAUCAUACGUAUUGCCUGCAAGAUCGACGUAAGAGAAAGUAUUCUGACUAGUGCCAUUCCCAAAGUUGCCAUCGGAUGAAAGGGUAAAAAAUCCACCUAUAGCAGUUUUCAGUUAGCGACGAUCUCAAAUAGGGCAAGGAAAUCGGACAUCGUACCAGAAACUUGGUGAUUUCGGAUGGUUGAACCCACGAUGAAUGGGUUCGGGACGGACACACGGUCGUAUGAGUGAUCGAUGGCCGUGACGACUGGAAAAAGUCAGAAGAUUAUCCAAUACUAGAGCGAACGACUUACAGCUUGAACCAGAGGGAGUCAGAUUUGUGAUGUUGAUGUCCAGGGGGUAGCUGAACUGAUCGACGAGUGUCCUUACGCCGUUCACAGUAGACAGGAAAGAUCCAGAUGCGGAUUGCGAGACAAGCUGCUGGAGAAGCUAGCAGAGAAGUGUUUAGAACGACAACAUGCUUUUCAAACUGAAUAUUGGCUCACCAGUACUGGCGAGUUAUUGAUAUAGUUUUGAGUGUUAGAGUACUCCAAACUCUGUGACCAAACCACAUGCGAUGUCUUCCCACUUCCGCUUGUGAACACGCUCUCUAUAUGUAUAUUUCGUUUCGCUGUAACAGUAAAUUUCACAUCUCCGUUGGCAGCUACCAUUCCUGUCGUUGUCGUCUGCGC